CUUCCAAUGAGUGGGAAUGUUAGGGUUGAUGUAAAAGAACUGGGGGAGGCGCUGAAUUCAGCAUUAACAAUGAUGGAAACAAUGAUUUCCAAUAUUCAAAGAUUCAUGCCAAAGGCAGAAGAAACAGAUAUUUCUAUUUCAGAAUUAGCCAGAGUUGCUGGUGGGGAAAGAGCUCUUAUUGGAGAAUGUGGAUAUUUAUUGUCAAAGACAUACAAAUCACAGGUGGAGGAGUGCAGCUUAAGGGGCCAGCUAAUCCAACUGCAUUCCAUUUGCCAAAAGAAUAAUAAGAGUAUAGAAUAACAAGCAACUGAUAAUUCAAUUGCAAGUUAAUUUUGGAAAUACUACACAC